UGUUCCUGUUGCCUGUCAGACAGUGGUGAGGGCUGAAACACCACCGUCUUCGCAUUGCCGGACUGAGUCGGGAUGUGAAGCAUGGCUGGAGAAGGCGAAAAGAAACCUGUCCUGGAGAUGGUCCAGGCUGAUGGGGCUGAUGAGGGCUGUGUGACGUUUGUUCUGCAUGAUGAAGACCAUACACUGGGGAACUCCCUCAGAUAUCUCAUCAUGAAAAACGGGGAUGUGGACUUUUGUGGCUACACCAUCACCCACCCUUCUGAGAGCAAGAUCAACUUUCGCAUUCAGACACGAGGGGGCGUUGCGGCCACGGAGCCUCUGCGGAGGGGCCUGAACGAGCUCAGCGAUGUCUGUCAACACGUUCUCAACACCUUUCAGGCGAGGGUUAAUGAGUUCAAAGAAAGGCAGGAGCAACCCAUGGAAUGAAGGGCGUCACGUGUGAGGGACUGUGGAGCUGUCAGAAAUACUCAAAACUUCAAACAGGCUGUAAAAAUGAGUUGCCUUGAUGUUUCCUCUUGUAUAUACCUACGCUCGAGAAAGAUUUGGCACAUUCUCCAACCCCUCGAAUCAAUUUGAUCAAGGUCACAUUCAAACAGUUGUACAGUUUUCUUUUUGUAUUUUGCUCAAAUAGAAUUUUGGUUUAUGAUUAAUGUCUGUUCAUCUUCCCUGAGCCAUUGUAAUUAUUAGUGAAAUCAUUUUCAAACAUUAAACUAAUUCAACAAAGA